UUGGUAUCUUGUUUUCCGUCACUUUUUGACAGAGCCUUUACUUGGUUCAUCACCAAGUUUCCCAGCCAAGCUGAAUCUCUACUUCAAAGCCUCGAUGCCCAGAAACGGAAACUUAUUUUUAAGGACUUAGCCACUGCAGGUCUGAAUCAGUUUGCAUCCGGAGAGAGUGGCUUUGGAUCUAAUGAUUCUACAGGAGGAGCAUCGGCUUCCUUGCCUGGUAGUCGAUCGGGAAGCCAAACAAACCUAGCUGGUAUCUCAGGCUAUUCUGGUCAAGCGCGCGUCGUCUCAGCUGCUGCUGCAGUAACAGGUGGAGGCACUAAUUCAUCUGUUGGCCCUGUAGCCAGAAGGCCAAGCAAACCGGUUCUUGGGACUGUGGCAGCCGCCGCCGGCGGUGGUAUUAUGGCUUCUCGGACUCGACCCCCUGCCACCAAUCAGCUCGACAUGGUUACUGGUCGAAUCAUCCGACAGACAGCUAUGAACAAUUAUGAUCGUCGUUCCAGAGUCACCGGCAAAAAGACACUGUCUCAGUCUCAGCGUAAGUCUCGAUCCUCCUCGCAUCUUCCUGGCAGACAAAUGCUUGCAUUUUAUAACAUCAUAUACUUGCAUACAUCACUUAUUUCAGGGCCACAGCCUCUUCAUGCCAGCGUUUCCACAGGAAAAUGUUCCUCUGAUUCUAUUCCCACCUCCCCUUCACCUCGAUUUCGAUCCGUCAGACCAGUUCCCUCCGUAUCCCGCACCCGGCCUCCUCUUGCUGGCCGAGCUGCCAGCCGUGAAGUUUCUCCUUCUCGAAUUAACUCUGCAUUAGCAUCUCAAUACCAACGCCACAUUCAUCAACAAGCCCCAAUGGACACUUUGAUUCAAGGAAAUGCUGUGCUUCACGCUGGUGGUGAUACCGGGCUUCUACAAAUUGCAGCCGCUAUGCCAACUCAUGGGGAUUUUAGCUCUAUGAUCACUGCUUCAACCAGUGGCCAGGAACUUGUCACUGGCACCCUUGGCCGUCGCCUUUCGAUGCGCACUUCUGGAUCUGGCGUCGUUAGUAUGGUAGCUCCAGGUCUCCAAGGUACCUCUGGUGUCUCUUCGAGGAUCCCGCGCAGCCAGGGAACUAGCCGGGAGACUUCGCCGGCUCGUUCGGCGGCUAGUGGCUAUUCACUGGCCUUUCACCAUCUGACGCACCAACAUUCUCAGGGCCCGCCACAACAUAGGUCAUCACUGACUACUGCCACCAACGGAGCUGGGAGGCGCAGCAGUGCCAACACAGCAUGGUCAAGACAUCGUCGUGAGUUCAGAACCAGAAUUCUCCUUUGUAUCCUUAUAAUCGACUCCGAUUGCAUUCACAUUCAUACCUUCGCGGACGACUUGGGCGCACCUUGUCUGAAGUCAUCUACAGCAGUGAUUUCCAAACUGUGCGCCGCGGCGCCCCUGGAGCCGUGA